ACCCUGCUUUUCUAAUAUAUUGUGUUGAUCUAUUUAGAAUUUUAGUGAGCUUUUUACAGUUUGUGCUGUGAUUUGAGCUAAAAUGAGUUUUAAUUGGAGGAAUUUGGAAAAUGCUGAAAAUGUGACGAGAAUGAGCUUUGAUGGGGAUUUGGAGAAUGAAGAAGAUGUGAAGAGACCAUUGUUUUAUCAAACAAAUAGUUGGUAUAGCAAUUCCAGGAUUAAAUUUGAGAGAGGUGGCAGCAGGAGGCAAGUUCUAGAGGCUACGUCUAGAGAAAGUUCUAUUAAUGCUGUACUUUGUACACUGAUUGUGGCUUUGGGUCCUCUGCAAUAUGGGUUCACAACUGGCUAUUCAUCACCGACUGAGAGUAGUAUAAUGAAUGAUCUCAAUCUGACCAUUUCUGAGUUUUCUUUAUUUGGAUCACUGUCCAAUGUUGGGGCAAUGAUUGGGGCCAUGGUCAGUGGGCUACUUGCUGAUUAUAUUGGAAGAAAAGGGGCACUGGUAGUAGCCUCAAUACCCAAUAUUCUAGGGUGGAUAGCCAUUUGUUUGGCAAAGGAUUCUUCAUUUCUGUAUAUAGGUAGGUCAUUGACGGGCUUGGGAGUAGGGAUCAUAUCAUUCACUGUGCCUGUGUAUAUUGCUGAGAUAGCUCCUAAGCACUUGCGUGGAGGUCUUGGUACAGUCAACAUGCUCUCCAUAACAAUUGGUAUAUUCGUGGCAUAUCUAUUGGGAAUGUUCAUUUCCUGGAGGCAUCUUGCAAUUGCAGGUGCAGUUCCCUGUAGUUUAUUGGUUCUUGGGCUUUUUUUAAUUCCAGAAGCUCCAAGAUGGCUGGCUAAGAUCGGUAAAGAUUUAGACUUUGAAGCUUCCUUACAAAGCCUUCGUGGGUUUGACUCUGAUGUUUCCCUUGAGGCAACUGAAAUUAGGAGUUCAAUGGAGCUAAACAGGCGAGAACCAAAUAUCAAAUUGUCAGAGUUAUGCCAGAGGAGAUAUGCAUUCCCUCUUACUAUUGGCAUUGGCCUGCUUGUAUUGCAGCAGUUGACAGGAAUAAGUGGAAUUAUGUUCUACAGUACUUCCAUUUUCAAAUCGGCUGGAAUCUCAAAUGCUGAGGUUGCAUCUCUUGGACUGGCUGCAGUGCAGAUUCCAAUGAUUCUAUUCAUUGCAUGGCUAAUGGACAAGGCUGGUAGAUGUGUUCUCCUCAUGAUCUCAUCUGCAGGAAUGGCAGCCAGCCUUUUCCUCAUAGGGAUUGCAUUCUACUUAAAGAGCAACGUGUUAGCAGCUUCUUACUUUUCCAGUAUUUUGGCUGUAAUUGGUUUAUUGGCUUGCGUUGUUUCCUACUCAAUUGGUAUGGGGGCCAUCCCAUGGAUUAUUAUGUCCGAGAUACUUCCUAUUAAUGUCAAGGGCAUUGCUGGUAGUGUGGCAACGGUGGCCAACUGGUCUCUUUCCUGGGCCGUGACAAUGACAAUAAAUUUACUUUUAGAAUGGAGCAAAACAGGAACAUUCAUGCUGUAUGCCCUGUUCAGUGCUCUUACCUUAACCUUUGUAGUAUUGUUUGUGCCUGAAACUAAGGGAAAAACUCUGGAGGAAAUUGAGGCAUCACACAGAUAAAGUUUGGGGUCGUUAGAACUUAGGAACCAUAAAGAGUACUCUUGGAUGAUUAUAUAAGCACGAGGUUCCUGCAACGGAUGUGGUUGCUAAAUGGAAUAAAAUUUGUUGGCCGUGAAACUGAAAGAUGAUACAUCAUACAUUGGGAAUUAUAUUUUGUCCUCAAAAUUCGGGUUCUCAAUACACCAAAUUAGGUGACGUCUAUACAGCUACAUCUAUUGGGGAAUCCAUGGCCUAAUUCGAUAAAGAAACCUAGACACAAGGAUCUUUUAAGGAACUUCUGGAGCAUUUGAAUAGAAGUGGACAUUUGGUAUUGAAGAGUGAUGUGUUCUUUAGGCAUUUCAGUUAGCUGAAAAAUAUUGAUCGUAUUAUCUGUAAGUAUCGCACUCCAAAUCCUCUGUGAAAUUAAAUUAAGUUGCAUCAUGGACUUUGUACACUGAUAAAAUACAGAAAUUGUUGUGGACAAGCAAUUCUUCUUCAGAUUUGACUACUGGAAAAAACUUAAAAGUAUACAUUGCGAGUUCGCACUUGAGAUUUUUAUCA